AUAAAACUCGAACGUUAAUCGGUUACAAUGAAUUAUUAUAAGUCGUCCUGUAGGUAUUUUAUACUAUGUGUGGUUUUAACAGUGGUACUUACAAAAAAAGUGCAUGCAAAGCCCGACCAAACAGAAACUUUUCAAGUGCAAGGCAAUAAAAUUAAUAAAGGCAUACCUAUUAAAUAUUCUUUUAAUAGUAAUUUGUCUCAUGAUAAAAAUAAUCUUAAUAAAUCACAGAAACAAGAUGUUGGGGCACUAAAAGAAAAAACAAGAAACACAACGAACAAUACAAAUGAAAUAAAAGUGUUAACAAAAAAAAGUUCAUUACCGACUCAAGUCCAAAGUAAUACAACCGGAACACAUUUAAUGCUAAACCCUGAAGAAAACAGUUCGUCUAAGGAUGGCAUAACUCCGGUCGAAUCUACUACAACCGAAACUGAAAAGAGCACCACGAUUGGGGAUUCCACACCCAUUCCUGACGAAAGUACUACAGCUGCGCAGGACUCAACGAAUAUUCCUGAAGAUAGCACGACAAUAGAUAAUCCGACAACUCUUCCGGACGAAAGUACAACAGUUGAGUCUCAAGAAAGUACCACGGUUGAGGAUACCACUCCCAUUCCCGACGAAAGUUCUACAGCCGCCCAGGACUCAACGAAUAUUCCUGAAGAUAGCACGACAAUAGAUAAUGCGACUACUCUUCCGGACGAAAGUACCACGGUUGAGGAUUCCACACCCAUUCCUGAAGAAAGUACUACAGCUGCCCAGGACUCAACGAAUAUUCCUGAAGAAAGCACGACAAUAGAUGAUGCAACUACUCUUCCAGACGAAACUACAACAGCUGAACCUCAAGAAAGUACCACGGUUGAGGAUUCCACACCCAUUCCUGAAGAAAGUACUACAGCUGCCCAGGACUCAACGAAUAUUCCUGAAGAUAGCACGACAAUAGAUAAUGCGACUACUCUUCCGGACGAAAGUACCACGGUUGAGGAUUCCACACCCAUUCCUGAAGAAAGUACUACAGCCGCCCAGGACUCAACGAAUAUUCCUGAAGAUAGCACCACAAUAGAUAAUGCGACUACUCUUCCGGACGAAAGUACCACGGUUGAGGAUUCCACACCCAUUCCUGAAGAAAGUACUACAGCUGCCCAGGACUCAACGAAUAUUCCUGAAGAUAGCACGACAAUAGAUAAUGCGACUACUCUUCCGGACGAAAGUACCACGGUUGAGGAUUCCACACCCAUUCCUGAAGAAAGUACUACAGCUGCCCAGGACUCAACGAAUAUUCCUGAAGAUAGUACGACAAAGGAAGAUGCAACCACUCUUCCGGUUGAAACUACAACAGCUGAACCUCAAGAAAGUACCACGGUUGAGGAUUCCACACCCAUUCCUGAAGAAAGUACUACAGCUGCCCAGGACUCAACGAAUAUUCCUGAAGAUAGCACGACAAAGGAAGAUGCAACCACUCUUCCGGUUGAAACUACAACAGCUGAACCUCAAGAAAGUACCACGGUUGAGGAUACCACUCCCAUUCCCGACGAAAGUACUACAGCUGCCCAGGACUCAACGAAUAUUCCUGAAGAUAGCACGACAAUAGAUAAUGCGACUACUCUUCCGGACGAAAGUACCACGGUUGAGGAUUCCACACCCAUUCCUGAAGAAAGUACUACAGCUGCCCAGGACUCAACGAAUAUUCCUGAAGAUAGCACGACAAUGGAUAAUGCAACUACUCUUCCGGACGAAAAUACAACAGCUGAACCUCAAGAAAGUACUACGGUUGAGGAUACCACUCCCAUUCCCGACGAAAGUACUACAGCUGCCCAGGACUCAACGAAUAUUCCUGAAGAUAGCACGACAAUAGAUGAUGCAACUACUCUUCCGGACGAAACUACAACAGCUGAACCUCAAGAAAGUACCACGGUUGAGGAUUCCACACCCAUUCCUGAAGAAAGUACUACAGCUGCCCAGGACUCAACGAAUAUUCCAGAAGAUAGCACGGCAAUAGAUAAUGCGACUACUCUUCCGGACGAAAGUACCACGGUUGAGGAUUCCACACCCAUUCCUGAAGAAAGUACUACAGCUGCCCAGGACUCAACGAAUAUUCCUGAAGAAAGCACGACAAUAGAUGAUGCAACUACUCUUCCGGACGAAAGUACAACAGUUGAGUCUCAAGAAAGUACCACGGUUGAGAAUUCCACACCCAUUCCCGACGAAAGUACUACAGCCGCCCAGGACUCAACGAAUAUUCCUGAAGAUAGCACGACAAUAGAUGAUGCAACUACUCUUCCGGACGAAAGUACCACGGUUGAGGAUUCCACACCCAUUCCUGACGAAAGUACUACAGCUGCCCAGGACUCAACGAAUAUUCCUGAAGAUAGUACGACAAAGGAAGAUGUAACCACUCUUCCGGUUGAAACUACAACAGCUGAACCUCAAGAAAGUACCACGGUUGAGAAUUCCACACCCAUUCCCGACGAAAGUACUACAGCCGCCCAGGACUCAACGAAUAUUCCUGAAGAUAGCACCACAAUAGAUAAUGCGACUACUCUUCCGGACGAAAGUACCACGGUUGAGGAUUCCACACCCAUUCCUGAAGAAAGUACUACAGCUGCCCAGGACUCAACGAAUAUUCCUGAAGAUAGCACGACAAUAGAUAAUGCGACUACUCUUCCGGACGAAAGUACCACGGUUGAGGAUUCCACACCCAUUCCUGACGAAAGUACUACAGCUGCCCAGGACUCAACGAAUAUUCCUGAAGAUAGUACGACAAAGGAAGAUGUAACCACUCUUCCGGUUGAAACUACAACAGCUGAACCUCAAGAAAGUACCACGGUUGAGAAUUCCACACCCAUUCCCGACGAAAGUACUACAGCCGCCCAGGACUCAACGAAUAUUCCUGAAGAUAGCACCACAAUAGAUAAUGCGACUACUCUUCCGGACGAAAGUACCACGGUUGAGGAUUCCACACCCAUUCCUGAAGAAAGUACUACAGCUGCCCAGGACUCAACGAAUAUUCCUGAAGAUAGCACGACAAUAGAUAAUGCGACUACUCUUCCGGACGAAAGUACCACGGUUGAGGAUUCCACACCCAUUCCUGAAGAAAGUACUACAGCUGCCCAGGACUCAACGAAUAUUCCUGAAGAUAGCACGACAAUAGAUAAUGCGACUACUCUUCCGAACGAAAGAACAACAGCUGAGCCUCAAGAAAGUACCACGGCUGAGGAUUCCACACCCAUUACUGAAGAAAGUACUACAGCUGCCCAGGACUCAACGAAUAUUCCUGAAGAUAGCACGACAAUAGAUAAUGCGACUACUCUUCCGGACGAAAGUACCACGGUUGAGGAUUCCACACCCAUUCCUGAAGAAAGUACUACAGCUGCCCAGGACUCAACGAAUAUUCCUGAAGAUAGUACGACAAAGGAAGAUGCAACCACUCUUCCGGUUGAAACUACAACAGCUGAACCUCAAGAAAGUACCACGGUUGAGGAUUCCACACCCAUUCCUGAAGAAAGUACUACAGCUGCCCAGGACUCAACGAAUAUUCCUGAAGAUAGCACGACAAAGGAAGAUGCAACCACUCUUCCGGUUGAAACUACAACAGCUGAACCUCAAGAAAGUACCACGGUUGAGGAUUCCACACCCAUUCCUGAAGAAAGUACUACAUCUGCCCAGGACUCAACGAAUAUUCCUGAAGAUAGCACGACAAUAGAUAAUGCGACUACUCUUCCGAACGAAAGAACAACAGCUGAGCCUCAAGAAAGUACCACGGCUGAGGAUUCCACACCCAUUACUGAAGAAAGUACUACAGCUGCCCAGGACUCAACGAAUAUUCCUGAAGAUAGCACGACAAUAGAUAAUGCGACUACUCUUCCGGACGAAAGUACCACGGUUGAGGAUUCCACACCCAUUCCUGAAGAAAGUACUACAGCUGCCCAGGACUCAACGAAUAUUCCUGAAGAUAGUACGACAAAGGAAGAUGCAACCACUCUUCCGGUUGAAACUACAACAGCUGAACCUCAAGAAAGUACCACGGUUGAGGAUUCCACACCCAUUCCUGAAGAAAGCACUACAGCUGCCCAGGACUCAACGAAUAUUCCUGAAGAUAGCACGACAAAGGAAGAUGCAACCACUCUUCCGGUUGAAACUACAACAGCUGAACCUCAAGAAAGUACCACGGUUGAGGAUACCACUCCCAUUCCCGACGAAAGUACUACAGCUGCCCAGGACUCAACGAAUAUUCCUGAAGAUAGUACGACAAAGGAAGAUGCAACCACUCUUCCGGUUGAAACUACAACAGCUGAACCUCAAGAAAGUACCACGGUUGAGGAUACCACUCCCAUUCCCGACGAAAGUACUACAGCUGCCCAGGACUCAACGAAUAUUCCUGAAGAUAGCACGACAAUAGAUGAUGCAACUACUCUUCCGGACGAAACUACAAAAGCCGAACCUCAAGAAAGUACCACGGUUGAAGAUUCCACACCCAUUCCUGAAGAAAGUACUACAGCUGCCCAGGACUCAACGAACAUUCCUGAAGAUAGCACGACAAUAGAUAAUGCGACUACUCUUCCGGACGAAAGUACCACGGUUGAGGAUUCCACACCCAUUCCUGAAGAAAGUACUACAGCUGCCCAGGACUCAACGAAUAUUCCUGAAGAUAGCACGACAAUAGAUGAUGCAACUACUCUUCCGGUUGAAACUACAACAGCUGAACCUCAAGAAAGUACCACGGUUGAGGAUUCCACACCCAUUCCUGACGAAAGUACUACAGCUGCUAAAGAUAGCACGACAAUAGAGGAUGCCACCACUCUUCCCGACGAAACCACCACAGCUGAAACUGAAAAGAGCACCACUACGAUUGAGGUUUCAACAUCCAUUCCCAGCGAUAGUAGUACUGUUGACCAAGAUUCUACGAAAGGUACAGAAGAAAAUACUACAGACUCUACAUUUAAGCCCGGAGAAAGCUCUACGAUCGCGAAUUCAACUCCGAUGCCGGAUAAAAGUACCACUGUAGACGAUACUACCAGUAGUUUUAUUUCGUCAACGCAAGAAACAACUCCAUCUUAUUCAAGUUCAACAUCAUCUUCCCCUGACACCACGUCGUCAACUUUACCACCGCUUUCUUGCAGUAGCGGGAACUCAUACUUACCCCAUCCAACAAACUGCCACAAAUUUAUACAGUGUAGUAAUGGAAACGAAUUUAUUAUGGAUUGCCCGGCUAAUCUCUAUUGGGACUAUCAAAACUUAGCCUGCAGUAGGAAACCUAGUGUUUGCUUCAACAGUGAGGAAAAUGCGAAACCAGAAGAAAAGACUUGCGGCCCUGGAGUAGAUUUCCUUGUUCACCCAACGGACUGUACCAAAUAUUUGCAAUGCAGUAACGGCGAGCCAUUGGAGCGUAAGUGUCCCGAUCCUCUUUAUUGGAACCCAGAAAUUUCCGUCUGUGAUUGGUCAAACAAGUACUGCAACAAUCUGCGAGCAAAUGAAUCGAUUUCAUGUGCAGUGGGAAUGAAUUUUGAUGUUUUUCAAGGCGAUUGUUCAAAAUACAUAAAGUGCUUUGGCUUGAGGGGUAUCGUAAUGAGUUGUAGUUUAGGACUUUACUGGAAUCCUGUCAGCGAAUUAUGCGAAAAUUCGCAGCGAUUCUGCACAUAAGUAAUCUUUGCAGAUAAAUAGCAUUCUUUGAUUGACCUUCAGAAAACAAUUUUAACUCAGUAAAACCAAUUAAUAGUAAUGAUUUAAAAUGUAUUU